UGGUUGCCUUACCUCUAACGUGUCGAUUCGACCAGGAUUCUACUGUCCUGUAAAUACUACUUUGGACGGGAAGUGUGUAAAUGUGUCUAUGAUUUAUCUAUGAUAACAUAAAGAAAUUCUGCUAUUAUUUUACCGUUAAAGAGGCAAUGGAGAAUGUAAAAACCCUCCCAAUUGAUGUACAGACCAGCAAACUUGUAGACUGGUUAGUGGACAGACGACACUGCAGUCUGAAAUGGCAGAGUGCAGUGAUGUCGAUCCGGGAGAAGAUCAACGCUUCCAUCCAGGACAUGCCAGAAAACGAGGAGAUCAAACAGCUGCUGUCAGGCUCCUACAUCCACUACUUCCACUGUUUGAGGAUAGUGGAAAUACUGAGAGGAACAGAGGCUUCCUCCAAGAACAUCUUUGGUAGAUAUUCAUCUCAAAGGAUGAAGGACUGGCAGGAAAUUAUAUCUCUCUAUGAGGCAGACAAUGCUUACUUAGCGGAGGUGGCCAGCUUGUUGAGUCGCAGUGUGAGCUAUGAGGGCCCUGCGCUGAGGAAGCAGGUGGCCAAGGCCCAGCAGUUGCAGCAGGAUCUCAGCCGAAGAGAGAUGGAGUGUCAGAGUGGUGCUGCUGACCUAAGGGAACGUUUUUAUUCUGCCUGCAAACAGUACGGCAUCACGGGGGAGAACGUUGCCAGAGAGCUGCAGGCUCUAGUGAAAGAUCUCCCAGUGAUACUUGGGGAAGUGGGGAAGGACGCAGCAAAGCUUGAGGAGCAAAUUCUGCUUUACACAGCCUUCACAAACUUUGUCUGUGAAUGGUCUGAGGAAGUCCUCUCCAUGCUGAGGUAUGUCCAGCAGAAAGGUAACACAACGUUCUAUGAGUGGAGGACGGGAAUGUCCCCGACAGUUAUCGAGAGGCCUGUCAUGGAGGAAGCACCGCCAGAUACAGUCACAGAAGAGAUGAUUGACUGGGGUAACCUGGGCAGUGGAACAGGGACAGAAGCACAGGAUGGUAGUUUUGGCGUCACUGUUGAGGAUGGAGUGGACUGGGGCAUUAGCUUAGAACCUGCCUCUGAGGACACAGGUGGUGAUGGCAUCGAUUGGGGAGGAAGUGAAACUGCCCCAAUAGAGAUAGAAAUUGUUGACACAGGCACUGACUGCCCUGAGGGUGUGGCCCGAGGAGGUGAUGCCUUGUCUAUACUAGAGACUUCUCAGACCCGCAGUCAGUUCAUAGAUGAGCUAAUGGAGCUGGAAGUCUUCUUAACCCAGCGAUUAAGUGAGAUGGGAGAAGAGGCAGAUGUGGUGGCUAUGAGCCAGUUCCAGAUUGCCCCCUCAGUCAUACAGGAGCAGACCCGCACGCAUGUCCAGGAGAUGCUGGCAGAGGUGCGCCACCUGCUGGCUCGGCUGACCACCCUGCGAAUGCAGCACCUCUUCAUGAUCCAGGCUUCUCCGCGGUAUGUGGAACGAGUUUCGGAGGUAUUGAGGCAGAAGCUUAAACAGGCUGAUAUCCUGGUCUUGAAACGGGCCACACUGGCUGAGAAGAGGCAAGCAGCCCUGGAGGAGCAGGCUAAACUGGAACCCCGCAUUGACUUGCUGUCAGCCCGCACCAAGGAACUACAGAAACUGAUUGAAGCGGACAUUUCAAAGCGCUACAACAACCGGCCUGUAAACCUAAUGGGAGUCAACAUUUAGCCAUGUGGACCCUUAUAGAUCACUCACUGUAACCAUUCACUCAGUGUGAAAAUAAAAGUUUUAGUUAA